GUUGUAAGGGUUGUCCAUGUGGAGGUGCUCCUUUGUAAAGGAUGCUUAUAAAACAAAACAAUUUGUUAUAUGUUCCAAGAAUUUGUUUUGUAUUUAAUAUAUAGUCACUAUAUAUUACAAGAUUGGGGAUACCUUUUUUUUCACAUGGAGAAAUACUUUGAACAUCAGCAAAAUAUCCGCCAAUCUGUAGUCCGGAUUCGGAUUUUUUUAAAACGCUUGAAAGAUACAGAUUAUGACGCGUUUUGAAGAAGAGAAGAACGCAGCCGAUAAUAAUUUGUCAACAACAAUAGUACUUGUUUUAGCUAAUUCAACAAGACAACCAAUGCCAAGGAGCUAUGAAUUAAUAAAUACUCGAGGAUAUACUUCAGGGAGACUCGGGAGCACCUGGUGUACUCGGGGCAAUAGGAGAAGUUGGAAUUAAAGGAAUGAAAGGAAAUUCUGGACCAAGAGGACCAACUGGACCUCCAGGCCAACCAGGAGUACAAGGAACUUCAGGACCUAGAGGAAAUCCAGGCCCUGUGGGAGGAGCUGGUUCCACAGGACCACCUGGCCAUGGGUUAUCAGGAGAACAGGGACUACUUAAAUACACAUUUGUUGCUCCAAAGAUGAAAGAGGAUUUAAAGUUAUACAAUGACAUGAAUGAAUUGAUUAAAAAUGCAUGUAGAUGAGACCCUGUAUCUACAGUACAUGUGACUGGAACUGUAGGAAGUAUUCCAAAGUCUGAUUGCAAAGUAUGCAUUACAGGAUUCUAUCAUUGGAGCAACAUCUUAGGAGGAUAAGUGGAAAUGUAUGAAGGAAUCCUUGGGUACAAAUAUCAAUUAUAUGCAGAAGUGGACUCUUAAACUUUAUUAACAGACAUGGUAGUCAAGAAAUUUAUACCAUUACCAACUGGAAUUAACUAUUGUGUUUAUUUUUUCAACCAUAAGUACUUUCAGAAUACAAUACAAUUCAAAAUCAGAUUAUUGCGUGAACAUACAAAAAUGUACAAGUUACAUUUAAAAAAAAUGAAAAUGCAUAUAUCAUGUACACGAUGUAUUGAAAAUAAAUUUUAUAUAAAAAAUGAAGUAACAAAAAUGUUUAGCUUUAUAUUGUGCAGCCAAACUUUGAAAUCUUUAAAUGGUAUAUAGAUGCCUGUUAUUUGUCAACAUUUUGCCUUCACCUUAAGAUCAGUGUCAAAUGAGAAAACUAUUUUGCAUAUAUGAAAAAAGAAGUAGAUGGUUGUAAAUUAGAGACUUUCAAUUUGGUACAUUUGUAUAUCAGCUAGCCUUUGUUUCAUAGAACUUUCUAUUUUAGUUUAUUAGUACAAUGAGAUAUGAGGUAUACACAGCUACUUUUGUAUAGGUACUAUUUCUGUACUAAAAAUAUGUAGUACUGGAAAUUUACUUUUAAUUUUUAGCACUAUUUCUUUACUUUAAAAUUAUUGUAAUAUUUGGGUACUUGUAUUU